UUCUACCACACCUUCUGCGCGUCGCCGGCGACACCAACCCCACCUACUAUGUCCGUCGCUUCCUCACUGCUGCGCUUGGCAUGCUCAUCGUUGCGGUGGAGAGGGAGGCUGCUGAUGCCCAGGGUAGCGUCGCGUUGUUUAUCCACGAGAACAAAGACAAGGGCGGACACCAUCGUCGAGUACGAGUUCAAGGCCGCUGGUGCACCUUCCCAGUACGUUCGACUUGCCGGAUUCCGUCGAUUCCAGCGCGGCCUCAACGAGAUCAAGGCCUGCGUCGGUGGCUACGGAAUUAACGCCUACCUCUUGGCUAGGGAGAUUGCUGAGUUGGCGGCGAAGCCGAAGAGCGAGGACUCGGAGGAGGCGGCGGAGGCCGCCGUGGAGGCUAAGCGGGAGAAGUUGGCCAAAGUGCAGAAGGAUAUCGGCGUACUCAAGGCUUUCUACAAGGACACCUGCAGCCAGUGGAUUGAUAUUGCGCGCCGAAACAUCGGCCACGUCGAUUGGGCUCCCGAGAUCUCCGUCGACGUCCAGGUUUGCAAGUACACCAAGGAUAUUAGUACGUUCGAGGUUGAUGCAGCGAGGUUCAAGGUCCAGUUCAAGGGUAACAUUGUCGACUUAGGAUCUAAGUUUACUCCCCGGCAGCUCACCGACGUGUUCUACCCUCAAAGUGGCGGUAGGACGGUGUUCAAGUUCCCCGCGAAUCGCCAGCUCAGGAUCAACGGUUGUGUCACUCUCGAGCUCCUGGCCGUUCCCGACUGUUUCGACAGCAACGGCAAGCCCUGCCUUAUCGUCAUGAAGGACGGCAACACCACCGACCUCACGGUUGGACGCUACGCCGGCCUGGAGGCCUACCUUUGCAAUAGCAUCGGCGUCGAGUCCAUCGAACUCGCCAUCUAAACUACGAUAA